AUGUUGUUGACCAAACUUCUUCUAGCCGCGUGUCUCACACUUCCAUUUGCCUAUUCAUGGACUGGAGCCACGAUCAGAAACCGUUAGUUUAUAUUGUUUCCUUAUCUUUUCAUAAUGGACAGUUGAGAUUGACUGUCCACAGCAAACUAGAAAACUUCUCUAACCCGUUCUUUAUUGACAUUUCUGUGGUCACUCAAGGCCGAAAUGUUUGCGAAUAGUUCAACAGCACGUAAACAAGCUCAAUUCACACUUUUCUCACACGUUUUCUCUUCAGAUCCUGCUGAUGUCAUCGCCGCACGCAACAAGGUUACCUCGCGGUCCGUGGCCAGAGCCGAGCCUGUCACCAGCUACCUCAGACCAUGUUAUUUCACCAACUGGGCCCAAUACAGGUUUGAAAUUUGAUCUUAUUUGAGAAAAGGGAGGAUGAUAGUACUGACGGCGAGGCGAAGCGUCUGGUUUGAGGUGUGGAAAGUGAGGUUUUUUUUCUUGCAGGCAAGGACGCGCGAAGUUCGUGCCGGAGGAUUAUACUCCGGGACUGUGCACCCACAUCUUGUUCGCUUUCGGAUGGAUGAACGCCGAUUACACUGUCCGAGCAUACGACCCAGCUGACUUGCCGAACGACUGGGCCGGUGACGGAAUGUACAAAAGGGUCAACGCGCUGAAGAACACCGACACGGCGCUUAAGACUCUGCUCUCGUUCGGAGGAUGGAGUUUCGGAACUGCUCUUUUCCAAGUAAAGCGGCACAUCACGGACGGCCGAAAACAGCUACCUUUUUCAGGGAAUGUCUGCCAGCGCCGCGUCGAGAAAGGUUUUCAUUGACUCUGCCAUCACUUUUGUGCGCACCUAUGGUUUUGACGGAAUUGACAUUGAUUGGGAGUAUCCGUCUGGAGCUACCGAGAUGGCUAACUUUGUCGCUCUUAUUAAGGUAGCUCAUCAAAGAAUUUAGAACAGUAUGAAUAGAUCUAUCUUUUCAGGAACUGAGAGCUGCCUGCGAGUCAGAGUCCGGUUCCACUGGCAAGGAUCGUCUGUUGGUGACCGCCGCCGUCGCGUCCGGACAAGCGACUAUUGAUGCCGGUUAUGACAUCGCCAACCUCGCGCCAAACUUUGAUUUCAUUCUUCUCAUGAGCUACGAUUUCUUCGGAGCCUGGGCUUCGCUCGUCGGAUUCAACUCCCCACUCUACUCCACCACUGAACUUCCAACUGAAUGGAACACUUGGAAUGUUGAAUGGGCGGCGAGACACUGGAAUGAGAAGGGUAUGCCGAAGGAGAAGAUUGUUGUCGGACUGCCGACGUACGGAAGAGGAUGGACCCUCAACAAUUCUAGUGACAUUUCCCCCGGAACGAGCGGAUCCCCAGCCAAGAUCACGCAAUACGUUCAGGAAGCCGGAGUUGGGGCUUACUUUGAGUUCUGUGAGAUGCUCGCAAGCGGAGCCACUAGAUACUGGGACAGCCAAGCUCAGGUUCCAUAUCUCGUUCAAGGAAACCAAUGGUGGUCUUAUGAUGACGAGGAGUCAUUUUCUAACAAAAUUGCCUACAUUAAAAGAGAAGGAUUUGGAGGAGCUUUCGUCUGGACCCUUGAUUUCGAUGAUUUCAAUGCCCAGUGCAGUAACUCUAACGGCCAGCUCUACCCGCUCAUCAGCGUGAUUGCCAAACAACUUGGAGGAGUCACCAUUCCAACAAAAUCCGGAGUGAAUACGGCGACUACUACUACCACUGCCGCCACGACGGUCACAACUGGAAGACCUGCAAUGACUUCUGCUGUCACCACCACCACUACGACCACCACGACUACUACUGCAAAACCAGCCACGACUACUACGAUUGCUGCCACUUCUUCAACUGUAUGUAGCGGUAAAUCGAACGGACAGUACGCUGACAGCACUAACUGCUCCAAGUUUGUGCUCUGUUUGAACUGUAAGCUUUUCAGUUAAAAAGACUGAACCGAAUAUAACAAUUUUACAGCUGUUGCCUAUUCCAUUGCCUGCCCAUCUGGACUUCAGUUCUCAAGCAGCUUGAGAUAUUGCACAACUGCCGCUACUUCUGGAUGUGUGGCUGCCACAACUGCUUCAACCACCACUAAUGCCCCUACAACCACCACCAAAUCUGCGCCGACUGUGACCACUACGACCGCCAAAACAACCACUUCCGCUCCAUUCAAGUGCACCACAGACGGUUUCUUCGGAGUUGCGAGCGAUUGCCUCAAGUUCAUCCGCUGCGUCAAUGGAAUCUCCUACAACUUCGAGUGCCCGAACGGCUUGAGCUUCCACGCCGACACCAUGAUGUGCGACCGUCCGGAUCCAUCUAAGUGUGCAAAGUAA